AUGCCCUACCUCUUGCUGCUGUGUAAAGCUGGAGACCAGGCCUUCAAUAUGCCAGCCCUUGUGGAUGUUCUAGAAAGCACUAUAGCCAUUCUUCGAAAGCAUGGAAGCGCCGCCACGCCAGGGCUGCUGAGGUCACAGUCGCCGGGGCCCGAGGGCACCUGUCCGCUGUUCCUCCCGCUCCCUGAUAGCUGUGAGGGAGACUGGACCCGCAGCGGCGAUAGCGACGACGACAGCAGCAGCAGCGAGAACAGGAGCGCAAGCGGCAGCAGCAGCAGCAGCCACGCCAGCAGCGAUACCAUGGAUCUGUCUUUCAUGGCCGCGCAGUUGCCUAUGAUGGGAGGAGCGUUCAUGGACUCACCCAACGAGGACUUCAGUACCGAAUACUCCCUGUUUAACUCCCCUGCUAACGUCCACGCAACCUCCAAUGGCCACAGCCAGCCAGAGGAGCCGCCUCGCUCCUCCAACGAUGCUGUUCUGCUGUGGAUUGCCAUCAUAGCAACGCUGGGGAACAUAGUGGUGGUGGGGGUGGUGUAUGCCUUCACCUUCUGAGGGCACAGGGGUGCUGAAGCUGUGGGGAAGCCCCUUCGUCUCCGGACUCACCCGGCAAGGUUUUCCCUGGGGCUCCAUCUUGCUCCCAGCCGCUGGAGACACCUAUGUUCCAGACCUAGGCUUGAAUGGCCUAGGUCUGCAGGGGCAGCUACCAGGCAUCUGUAAUUUCCUCCAGGCAGCUCUGACUGAAUAGUUCAUGGUGUGGUUGAGCUGAUUCAGAACACCUUGAAGUUGGUGCUUCCAGCUCCCACAAGCUUGAUGGGUCAAGUCUUUCAAACAACAGGCUGAGAAAUUCUUGAUGCUUCAGGCAGUCCCAGAACCCAAGACCGGGUUAAACAUCCUAUUGGCUUAAGAAAAUGUAGGCCUGAUUGGGUGACACAUUACUAGCAGUAAAUUGUCACUCG